ACGGGAGGGGGAGGGCAGGGAAGGACCCAGCCGCCAUUUUCCGAGCCGCGCCGCCGCCGCGCUCGCCCGGAGCGGGGGGGAAGAGGGGGGAGAAGAAAAGCGCCGCAGCGCCCGCUCCGCCGCGCCCCGCCGGGUCCGCCCCGCCGCCGCCGCCGCCCAGCAAGCACCGAGCCGGGGGUGGGGGGGCCGCUCCCCCCGCCCCCCCCCCACCCUCCAGCUUCUCCGCCCGCCCGCCCCAGCCCAGGACUGCGGCCGCCGCUCUGCGCCCGCCGAGGGACAACGGGCGAGCCCAUCCCCCCUGCCGCCGGGGCGGGCCCGAGCGGGCGGGGGGGGCGCCGGGGGCUGGCGCUGCCCGGCCCGGUUGCGGCGCCGGGGCUUGUUUGCAAACUGCGCCCAUUUUGUGUGGGGCCGAGCCCGCCCGGACCGCGCUCGCCGCUCGUCACGUGGCUGCCCUCGGGAGAGGCAGUGGGAGGCAGUGGAGCUGGCCUCGGCACCGGGAGAGGCUGGACUUCCCGUCUCUCUGUGCUGAAUGGCUGCGAUGGCGCCCGCUCUCACUGACGCAGCAGCUGAAGCUCACCACAUCCGAUUCAAGCUGGCUCCCCCGUCCUCCACCUUGUCGCCUGGCAGUGUAGAGAGCAACGGCAACGCCAACAACAUCCUCCUGGCUGCCAACGGCACCAAAAGGAAAGCCAUUGCUCCAGAGGAUCCCAGUCUAGAUUUCCGAAACAACCCUACCAAGGAAGAGCUGGGCAAGCUGCAGCCGCUGGUGGCCUCUUAUCUCUGCUCGGAUGUAACAUCUGUUCCUUCAAAAGAGCCUCUGAAGCUGCAAGGAGUCUUCAACAAGCAGACAGUCCUUAAAUCUCACUCUCUCUUAUCUCAGUCCUUCUUAAAAACAAGUGAUCUGUUGGGGAGGCAACCAGUGUUGGAAUUCACUUUGGAGAAUCUAAAAACAAUGAGUACUAAUAGCCAGCCACCUCUCCCGCAAGCGCCUGUCAAUGGCUUGGCCAAGAAAUUGGCCAAAAGUACCAAUUCAGACCAUGAAAACUCUAGUUCUUUGAACGGUGGGAAGUGUGCUCCUCCUGCUGCCCUCCAGGGUGUUGACUAUAACACAGGAGGUUCUGAAUUGGGGGACUUGAAGGCCGGGUUGACCAAUUGCACUCUUCCACAUAGAAGCCUUGAUGCAGAGCACAUGACUCCGUUUAGCAAUAAUAGCACUGCAAACAAAUCUUCCCUCAAUUCCACGGAGCAUCAGUGGGUGCUCGAGGGUGGCAGUGGAGAGACGAGGUUGCCUGGCCUUGCUGGUCACUCGGACUUUGGGAGCAUUAAGUUGGAGGAGCAGAAGCCGUCUCUGUUGGCCGGUCACCACAGUGCUCUCGACUCGGAGAUGAGGACGAGGGCACUGCUGCGGCGGCAGGCAGACAUCGAGAGCCGUGCCCGCAGGCUGCAGAAGCGCUUGCAGGUCGUGCAGGCGAAGCAGGUCGAGAGGCACAUCCAGCAGCAGUUGGGUGGCUUCUUGGAGAAAACUCUGAGCAAGCUCCCCGCUUUGGACCCCCUGAGGCAUCGGAGCCAGCUGAUGUUGACCAGGAAAGCAGAGGCAGCCUUGAGGAAGGCUGCGAGCGAGACAGUUACUUCUGAAGGCCUCAGCAGCUUCUUGAAGAGCGAUUCGAUAUCGGAAGAACUGGAGCGAUUCACGGCCAGUGGGAUGGCCAACUUGAGAUCCAGUGAGCAAGCGUUUGACUCGGAUGUCACUGAGAGCAGCUCGGGAGGAGAGUCUGACGUUGAGGAAGAGGAACUGACCAAAGCAGACCCCGAACAACCCCACGUACCACUGAGGCGAAGGGCAGAGUGGAGGUGGGCAGCAGACCGUGCAGCCAUCGUCAGUCGCUGGAAUUGGCUCCAAGCCCACGUCUCGGACCUGGAAUACCGGAUCCGGCAGCAAACGGACAUCUACAAGCAGAUCAGAGCCAGUAAGGGGCUGAUAGUUCUGGGUGAAGCAUCACCCCCUGAUCCUGCAGUAGAUGAUGCAUCCCGUCUCGUUAGUGCUGAAGUUAAGCUGGAGCCUGGGGUUGACCGGCUGGGUGUUUCUGGAUCCCAGCCUUUGGAGAACUUGGGUAUUUCUGCUGCAAAUACUCCUGAUUCCCACCCCGCCAAGCCCUGUGGAGCACCAAGACCCGUCAAUGGAGUUAUUAACACUCUUCAGCCUGGCCUGGCAGAACAUGCUCAGGGAGAUGGCCAGGAAGCUGAGGAGCUCUUGCAUAAAAAGCAACGACUCAACAUGAUUUCUUCAUCUUCGGAUGGGACGUGUGUGGCAGCUCGCACUCGCCCAGUGCUGAGCUGUAAGAAGCGGCGGCUCGUUCGGCCGAGCAGCAUCAUGCCCCUCUCCAAAAAGGUCCAUCGUAACAGCCUGGUGCGAUGUAGCUGUGACGUGAACCCUUCAUGUGCUCUGUGUGGCACUCGGAGUGCAGCCACUCUGGAAAUCCAGUACGAUGCCCCCUUGCUGGAGCGCCUCUCCCAGCUGGACUCAUGUAUUCAUCCUGUCCUGUCAUUCCCAGAUGAUGUGCCCACGAGCCUGCACUUCCAGAGCAUGCUGAAGUCUCAGUGGCAGAACAAACCCUACGAGAAGGUGAAACCACCCAAAAAGCUCUCGCUGAAGCACAGAGCCCCUCUGCCCCCCAGCAGCCUGCCUGACCCUGCUCGCAAGGACCGCCACAAGCUGGUGAACUCCUUCUUCACUGCAGCCAAGCGCUCACAUCAAAAAGCCCAAGCAGACAAGGCACACAGGCCACCCUUAGACGAUUUUACGGCCGUGUCCAAGGCCGAGAGAGCGCCAGAGCGCUCGCUUGUCCAGCCUCCUGCCCAUGACAAAAAGCGAUUGCGAGACUGCUCAUCUGAGAGGAGUGAAGUGUUGAAGCAUCACACGGACGUCGGCGGCCCGAGCUACUUGUCAGCAGCUGCGAGCCCCACACCUCACAGCCCUAUAGCCCGGCAACUGUCCACCUCCUCAGAAGGCUCUGCUCCUGCCAGUGUGAGCUCACAGGGCGCCUCCAGCACCGCUCAGCCAAGGAGGAGGAGAGGCGAAAGUUCAUUUGAUAUUAACAACAUUGUCAUCCCAAUGUCCGUUGCUGCAACGACUCGUGUGGAGAAACUGCAAUACAAAGAGAUCCUCACACCCAGCUGGCGUGAAGUGGAUAUCAGCGCUCUGAAAGCAAACCCUGAUGAAGACAAUGAGGAGGUCGAAGACUUGUCUGAUGCAGCCUUCUCUGCUCGGCACAGCAAGUGUGAGGAGAUGGAGCGGGCCCGGUGGCUCUGGAGCACGAGCGUGCCCCCGCAGCGGCGCGGCAGCAGGUCUUACAGAUCGACGGACGGACAGACGACCCCUCAGCUGGGGAACCCCUCGACCCCGCAGCCGGCAUCCCCCGACGUGGGCAGCUGCCUCUCACACCCGGAGCUGCCCCACAGCCACUCUCCGCGCAGCCCCAUCAGCCCCGAACUGCUCUCUGCCCCCCUGACCCCGCUCUGCCGGGACUCCAUGCGGCUCCUCUCCAGCGAGGACACUCGGUGCUCCACGCCUGAGGCCGGCUUCGACGAGCAGGCCGUGCAGCCCUGGGAGCGCCGCACCUUCCCGCUCUCGUACGACCCCCGGACAGAGUGCGAGGACCAAUGUGACCCCCAGGACCGGUUGUCGCGCUGCACCCGGCGCACGUCGGGCAGCAAAUCCUGCCGGGAGCCCGAUGGCACUUCCGCUUUGCCCAACCCGGGCAGCCUCAAGAGCCGCCCCCCCCCAGCGACACCCUCCUCUUCCUCCUCCUCCUCCUCCUCCUCUUCCUCUUCCUCCGCAGCAGUUCAGCGGCCAGCGCACAGAUAGAGACACACGGGAAGACAUGAGCAAAACCAACACAGAACUAACUCUUGGCAUUAAAGCUUCCAAAAUCUG